AUGAUCCAUAUCCCAACGACACAGCCUACCCAGAAUUUCAUUCCAUUCUUCAUCCCUCCAUCUACUGUCCGCCCCGCUAAAUUCGGUGUAGCACUGCUAUUUCCUCCAGGCACACCCGUGGCAGCUGGGAUCAACGUGAUGCCACUUAACACGAAUGUGGAUUGGAAAUCGUUGGUGGUGGUGGAUGAGAGGGGCGGACCGGUUGUGGGGACGAUAGAGAGGGUGCUGGAUUGCGUGGGGAGGACGAAUGUUAUUGUUGUUAUGAGGGUGAGGUUUAGGGAGGGUGAGGGUACGAGGAUUGGUGAGGUGGUGGAUGUUGUUGGGAGGAGAGUUGGUGAUGGGGUGGUGGUUGUGGUAUUCAGAAUUGGGGAGGGUGGAAGAGAUGCCGUUGUCGCAGGGCGAGGAGGUGGAGGUGGAAGCGUGACGUUUCCUUGUAUCGGAGGACGGCUGGUUAUAGAGCUCGACGUGCUUUGUGUUGAUGCCGACGGUUUUGAUGGUACAGUCUCGAUCUGGAAGAGAGUUGUUGAUGGAUUGGUGAAGAAAUGGGUUGUUAAUGUUGGUUUUACUGCGGUAGAGGUGCGUAGGAUGGUUGUGUCUGAGUUGGUAAAGGUUUGGAUUGUUAUGGAGGGGAGGGUGAAAAAGGGGAUAGAUGAGGUUGUUGAUGUGCUUUUGGAUGGUACGAGUGAGGUUCGGAUUGUUCUUGAUAAUGGCGGUGUAUUGGUCGGAAUAGAAACUGGUGAGGGUGUAGGUGGUAUAAUGACAGGUACCAAAGAAGUGGAAGUUGAUGAACUCGAGCUUAUCGCCGGUGUAUUUGUAGGAGGAACAGGCUGA